AAACUCGCAAUCAUAUCGACGACCCACUACCUAGGAACCCAUAUGUCAUCCUCAUAUACCCCCUCAAUCCCCCGCUCGACCCUCCCCCUUCCCUCUCGCCGAGCUGGAAUUGGUCUCAAACCCCAAACCCAAACGAUCGGGGGUAGCGUGACGAGCGCAACCUCCCGUCAACCCGCCCAUCACGGCCAGCCAGACCCAGGUCAGAUCGAUGCGGGCUUGGAAGAGAUGUUGAAGGGAUUAGAGGGGCUGGAGAAGGAUCUAGUGGGGGUGUUUGAUGGUGUAGAGAAUGCAUUCGAUCCAUCAACCAACCCAGGCGUGACACAAUUGAAAUACGAACAAGCCAUUCAAGCCCUCAAACGACUGAUAGAGAUCUCGAUGACCACCUCUCUCGGCGGGGUCCCUUUGAUACCCAACUCGAGCGCGUCGGACGUUCAGGACGUGUCGACGAUACCGAGAACGACAUCCACCACAACAGCAUCGACAAUAGCAAGCACAACAGCAACAGCAACGGCAUCUACAGUAACGACAUCUACGGCACCGACCUCCCCGCAAAAGCCCUUGCCGAACCUGACGCAACUAUCAGCCCAGAUCUCGCUCGCCUCCGGGGAGACUUAUUCCCGCGGUAAAGUGUUGGCGGACGAAGUCAGGGGGAUCGGGGAGGUUUUGAGUCGGCGAUGAGUGACGGGUUGGUACGGGGGAUGGGGGCUCGAGGGGUCGAGGGGUCGGAAGAGGAGACACGUAAUGAUAUAUGAUACG